AGAUUAACUCCACCCCAGAAAAGAACUUUUGCUGAAACUGCUGGAGGAGAGACGGAUUCUGCACCUGAAACCAUGGGGCCUGUCAGCUACUCAUCAGAGACUUAUGACUUGAGCCAGGUGGAGCUGAGUGGUUACUAUGAAGCUGAGAACACCACCCCUUCUUUGGAGGGCUACUUCUGCUUCAACCCAGCCUCAUCUGUGGUUGGCAACCAGAGAGACCCCUUCAGAAAGGUCUUCAUGCCCCUCAUCUACUUACUGAUGUUUGUGCUGGGAACAGUGGGCAAUGCCCUGGUCCUGGUCAUUUUAGAGAGGUUCAAACAGUCUCGCACUACCACAGAAACCUUCCUGUUCCACCUCACCCUGGCCAACCUGGCACUGUUGCUCACCUUCCCCUUCAGUGUGGUGGAGAGCUUGGCUGGGUGGGUGUUUGGGAAGUUCCUCUGCAAGAUCCUCAGCGCUGUCCACAAGAUCAGUUUCUACUGCAGCAGCAUGCUGCUUGGGUGCAUCGCUGUGGACCGCUACCUGGCCAUUGUCUACGCAAUCCACACCUACCGCAAGCGCAGAGCCCGCUCCAUCCACCUCACCUGCAUGGUUGUCUGGCUCUGCUCGCUGCUGUUGACCUUACCUGAUCUCAUCUUCAUGGAAGUGUGGACGGAUGACAGCAACCGCAGCAUCUGCUAUUUUCCAGAGGUUGGGAUUGAUGGCAACAACGUCUGGCUGGCAACCCGCUUCCUCUACCAUGCCGUGGGCUUCUUCAUGCCCCUGCUGGUCAUGUGUUACUGCUACGUGGCCAUUGUCCGGGCUCUGUGUCAGUCCCAGCGCCUGCAGAGGCAGAAGGCUGUCCGUGUGGCCAUCCUGGUCACGGGCGUCUUCCUGCUCUGCUGGAGCCCAUACCACAUCGUCAUUUUCCUGAACACACUUACCAAGGUAGAAGCCUUCACCAAGAACUGCCUCCUGGAAGACCAGCUGGAUAUGGCCAUCAUGGUGACAGAGGCCAUCGGGUUCACGCACUGCUGCCUAAACCCCAUCCUCUAUGCCUUUGUUGGAGUCAAGUUCCGUAACGACUUCUUCCGGAUCCUGCAGGAGCUUGGCUGCAUAAGCCACGAGACCCUGCAGGAGAUCCUGGAGGUGACGAGGAAGGGCAGCGGGAUCGAGUCUGACAACACCACCUCUAUCUCCACUUUCUAGCUGGGAAGAACUGCCUGCAGGGCAGAGCUGCCUGGGGCUUGCCUCCCCAGUGGCACAUGUGUGGCCUCAGUCCCAGGUUUCACAAGUGUCCCACCACUUUCUUCAGUCCUCAGGAAACUGAGGUCCGGCAGCCACCCAACACGCAGAUCCCACCAGACACUUUUCCCUGGCUCCUCCUGGUUCUCAUGCCUGUAGAAGUCCAUUCAGUCGGUGAACACUCUGUCCAGUGGUCACUCUGGCAGGGCCAGAUGAACCUGAGUAGGUUGAGCCUGACGUUUUCACCUGUUCCUCACAAAACUGACUGCAGGCAUCCUCUGCAUGGAGCCAGGCACAAGGCUGGGGUGCUAGAGGCAAGGAAAGAAAUGCAGCCAAGUCAAUGGACUGAGAACAAAAGCUCAGCAUGUCUCUACUUUGCUGGCUCGGGUUGGUAGAGACGUGCCCAAAAGAGGCAAUGGCACUCGCUGGCCACGACAACUGGAACAAGACACUCGGGAUGCAGAAUGCACUCCCAAUGGCACAGGUACAAUGCUCUGCCAUUCCCCAUUUAAGCAAAGUGGGAACAACGUCAGUUAUCUUGCAGCAGGAAUUUUGUGUGAAACUCAGUUCUGAAGUUCAACCGCUAACAAAGGGCUCAGUUGCACCCAAACUUCCCUGUACCCAAGGGCCCUGCUAAGAAGACCAGGCGUUAUGGAAGGGGUCACAUAACAUCAGUCCAGCUCAGGCAGAGAUCUCAUUCUCAACUUCUUACUCGAGGACAAAACUCCCCAAAGAAUAAGGCUUUUACACAAAGAGCCCUCCACCGCUUCCUGCAGCACUGCAUCUUCAAAGCCAAAACCUGCAGGUAAUGGCGACCGUAGCUACUCAAGCAUGUAUGCGCAGCAGCAGAGCAGCUCUCUGAAGCUUGCCCUUGCUGUCUAGGUCCACAGUCCUACCCAUGAGCAAACCCAUUGCAGACACAUUACAAACACCUCCCCAGCCCCGGUUCUGAUGGGAACUGUGUUUCUACACAAUAAAGUUACUGGCAAAAUGAACAGUCAGAGUGUCAAAUUCUUACAGUGUUCACAAGGUAACAAGGACAUCUGCAGGCAAAGUAAGAGUGAAUGGGUUACACAUCUAUUCUUACUAUAGGUUUUAGUACUGAUA